CAAGUACUACCACUCAUAAGUCGCCCACCCUUUAUCAAUCUCACAUUGUGGACUGCACUUUGGCUCGAUCCUAUCAGCGACUUGGUUUCGCAAGCCUUGUUUUCACUGUCGCUGUUCGACUACAAAUUGAAGGUUGAACGGUGAGCAUCCUUUACUCUAACAAGGACCUUCCAUACUUCAACAUGCUCACCCGUAACUUGUUGACUGCUUGCUUCACUUUGUGGAUGCCGACCGUAGUUGUCGGAACCCAUUAUCCACUGAGCUAUUCCUUAAACACGCAGUGUGGGACGCAAAUAUCAUUUCGAGAAAGCAUGUUGCUAAAAUACUCCGAUUGGGGCUACUCGACCAUACCAUCUAACUACAACUGCCAGGUGACCAUCCUAAGCGCCAGUCCAGGCCGGGGCAUUCAGGUGCGAUUCAGGACUCUGGAGACGACCAUCUCCGUUGGUUGUAGCCAAGUCAGGUUAACUGUCGGCGACAGGACAAGACCACUUACACCCACCAAUGGGGUUUGCGGUUUUAUAUCGCCCCCGACUGCGAGGACGACAGAUGACAGAGUCUACGUCACACUUACCACAGACAACACAUUUCUACAUAGUGGUUACUUCGAGCUGCUGCUGACAGAGUUCAACUAUUUAGUAAAUGGAAACUGCACUGGUAACGAUUUCAAGUGCAACAACAAUAUCUGCAUCUCCGCCAAUCUGAAGUGCAACGGCUACAACGACUGCGACGACGACUCCGACGAGAUUGAGGGCUGCGGGCUGACGACUUUGACAGCAGGCGUUAUCGUCGGGAUCGCCUUAGCCAUCAUUGUUUUCCUUAUCGUAGUUAGUGUUUUAGGUGUCUUCUAUCGCCGACGUCGACGAUACAUCACUAUAGUUGGAUAAACCUACUGCGAAAAAAAACAACAACAACAGAAAGUGGAAUAAAUAGACUACUGUAGAGAAAUAAAUAGAGUACCACAGAGGGAGAAAUAAAUCUCUACUGUGGAAUAAUUGUGGCAUUGCUGUAGUACGAUGACUACAAUACUUCACUAUGGUAAGCUAAGUAUAGCGGGAUAGACACUUAACUAACAUUAAUGAGAGAAAUUGUAUUGGGAUACAGUGAUCGACUUUUGUACAAAGUAGUCAGAAGUAAGAUUUACUCACUGCUGUCACCUUUCUCAAAGGUGUGGGUAAAUCCGCAUUUAAGACUCUAGAUAAGUCCAUUGAAAGUUCCAACAAAGAACAUAGGUGUGCUUGUAGUAUAUAUAUAAGUUUAUCUGUUCUCUCUCUUCCUCUCUAUGUUUGCAUGUCGCACAUGUAUUCAACAAACAAUGUCUAGUAUGCGUUCUCAGUUGCUGUAAGGUCACUUUACACUCUAGCUAAACUUAUGACCUGGCUGUUCCAUUAUAUUAUAUUUGUUAGCUGUUAUUAAGUUUAUCAUCAUCAAACUUGUGACCACACACAAAAGUCUUUGCUGACCCACGACUUCACGCCUCUGGGUAUGUGAGUUCGUGAGUGUCAAAGUAUACAAUGUAUGUAAUAACUUGUAUUACUGGAUUGCUUGUAGACGAUUUUUCCCGUUCAGUAAAACGAUGUAAAACGAUGCAAAUGUGUACAAAGCUUGCGGUUUAUUCAAAUUUCAAAUUAACUACUAAAACGAGGCAAGUGUAUACAAAACUUCCGGUUUAGUCACAUUCAUUGUUUAUCUCGCCGAGACUAACAGCGGAUCACUUCGCAACAGGCUCAGCGUUGGUCUCGACAGACAGACAACAGUCCACAUAUACACAUCCAUGGUUUAUGUCCUGCUCCUACAUGAAUGAUGCGAAAUAAGUGGCUUUUUAUUUCUUUCUUAACUGUUAAGGUAAAUCUUUUCGAAAUAAAGGAAAAAUAAUAAAUUUUCUAGAUGUACAGCUGUUGUUGUAUCUGUUUUAUAUAUAUAUAUUUAUAGCAAUAAAAAUGUUAUAUUUACAGUUGUAAACCAUCAUAAGUAAAAUAAAUAGUGGUGUAAAAGGUGUGAUGUAAAAGUUGUGUUUAAAGAUGAAAACUGUACGUUAUAUACAAAUUUCUUCGUGUGAUAAUGAAAUCAUGGAAAUUCUAAGGUUAUUAUUGCUCCAUUCUGCAUCAAUAGCUGGAGUGUUAAUACUACAAUUUAAACCAGAGCUGUUUCGCAAUAAACUAAAUGCGAUAUCAACUAUCCUCUCUACAAAAGAUAAGUCACACCAGUACCUACAUAUAACUCGCCCACCCUUUAUCAAUCUCACAUUGUGGACUGCACUUUGGCUCGACCGUAUCAGUGAGUUUGUUUUGAAAACCUUGUUUUCACUGUCGCUGUUCGACUACAAAUUGAAGAUUGAAUGGUGAGCAUCCUUUACUCUAACAAGGACCUGCCAUACUUAAACAUGCUCACCCGUAACUUGUUGACUGUUUACUUCACUUUGUGGAUGCCGACCGCAGUUGUCGGAACCCAUUAUCCAGAGAAAUAUUACUUAGACAAGCAGUGUGGUUGGCAACUAGUAUUUCCAGAAAGCCUGUUGCUCAAAUACUCCGAUAGGGGCUACACGAGCAUUCCACCUAACUACAACUGCCUGAUGACCAUCGCAGGCUCUAGUCCAGGUCGGGGCCUUCAAGUGCGAUUCAGGAAACUGGAGACUGCCGACACCGUUGACUGUAGCCAAGUCAGGUUAACUGUCAGCAACAGGACAGGACCACUUACACCCACCAAUGGGGUUUGCGGUUUUACAUCGCCCCAGACUGUGAGGACGACAGAUGAUAGUGUGGACGUCAGAUUUGCCACAGACAAUACUACUUCACAGAGUGGUUACUUCGAGCUGCUGCUGACAGAGUUCACUUAUGCAAUAAAUGGAAACUGCAUUGAUAACGAUUUCAAGUGCAACAACAGUAUCUGCAUCUCCGCCAAUCUGAAGUGCAACGGCUACAACGACUGCGACGACAACUCCGACGAGAUUGAGGGCUGCGGGGAGACUUUUGCACCAGGCAUUAUCGUCGUGAUCGUCUACGCCAGCAUUGCUUUCAUUAUUGUAAUAGGUUGGUUAGGUGUCGUCUAUCACCGACGUCGGCGAUACAUCCCAAUAAGCGGAUAAAUAGGUCGCUAUUGCAAAAUAAAAACAUGUGUAUAAUAUUACAAAUAACUAUACCUAAACACAUAUAGUGAGAUACACAUUACUCCUGUACAAUUACACCUCCAUGUAGUGUAUAAAAUAUACGUACAUCCUUUCGUACGACAAAACACGCAAACUAUGUGAGAAAUGCAGUACUGAAGUGAGACAAACGCACUCAUACAUAUUAAACAAUGUCUAGUA